AAGAAUGUUCUGAAAUAAGGUACACUUCCUUAGUUGAAAGUCGAUUAAGUAUUACUUCUGUGGCAAACGUCAAAGCUGAAACAGUCAAUUGGAGUUUCUAGUUUUCGAAGAAAAAGUGACGUAUUAAAAUUUGUCCUGUUUCAAGAAAACAUUUUAUUUAUUAUAUCAUAUCUCACAGUAAUCCUGUGAGAUUGUCUCCUCAGUUAUUCGUGACAUCGUCACCGUUCUAAUACGUGUCCAUGCAAUGUUAGUUGGAUCUCUGACUUACAAAGCACUACGUUAUUUUUUUAGUGGUCACCACAUCAAUGUUGUGAUUAUUUUCACAUCUGAUUAAUUGUAUCGUAAUCGAGUAAAGAGAAAUACUCGAUCAAAUCAUGUUUUGGGCAAAUAAUUACGUGUCAUCGCCUCAUAUUGAGGCACUACUUAACAAAGAGAAUGUUUCAUUAUAUGAUUUAAUGGAUGAAGAAGAUAUUUUACAAGAAUGUAAAAGCCAAAAUAAAAAACUUGUUGAAUAUUUAACAAGAUCUGAUGUAAUGGAAGAAUUAGUAACUCUUACAACUAAAGAACCAUCAACAGAAAUAGAAGAACGUUGGCGUUACAAGUAUCCAAAUGUUGCUUGUGAAUUAUUAACUUGUGAUGUACCAACUUUAAAUGAGAAACUAGCAGACGAUGACACACUUCUGGCAAAACUUUAUUCAUUUAUUGAUACGGAUCAGCCUUUGAAUCCAUUAUUGGCAUCAUUUUUUAGUAAAACUAUUGGGGUCCUUGUUGCUCGUAAAACUGAUCAGAACUGGUAUUCGUACCAGUACACUUGUUUGAAGGUUUUAGAUUUUUUGAAAAGUCGUCAAACAUGUGUUGAUUUACUUUUACACCACUUAGAAACAUCUGCAAUUAUGGAUUUAGUAUUAAAACUUGUUACUCAAGUGGAAGACACUGAUAUGCGGCAGAAUAUAUUAAAUUGGUUACAUAGUCAGCAGUUAGUACAAAGAUUGGUAAAGUUAUUAUCUCCUAAUUCUGAGGCAAGUAAGCAUGCAAAUGCUGCACAAUUGCUUUGUGAUAUGAUAACUGUUGCAAGAGAACAUCAACGUACAUCUACAAAACGCACUGAACCAGAUCCUAUUUUAAAUACUCUUGAAUCUACAGAUACAGUAUGUUUGUUGCUGGAGACUAUUCUAACUGGAGAGAAACUAGAAAGUAGUAUUGUUGGUGGAAUUCAAGUCCUCCUUACACUUUUGGGUCAAAAAGCUAACAACGCGAUAAAUGAGGGCGACAUUCAUGGUAAUAAUAUUGGAGAUGAAGUUACAGACAAUGAGCAACGCCUGAAAAUAUCCAGUGCAACCUUGCCUUAUUUAGAACAACUUCACAAACUUCUUUUAGAUCCUCCUUCUAAACCUGCUGUUAAAACAACUGCUGGCGAGUUAAAAUGUCCAUUAGGUAAUACACGUUUACACGUUGCAAAAUUAUUCACAACUCUCAUGACAACCGAAAAUGUAAAAAUUUACGAGUCUUUAGUAGAAUUAGGAACAUUCCAAACAUUAUUGGAUUUAUUUUUUAAAUACAUAUGGAACAAUUUUCUACAUACUCAAGUACAAUUGUGCCUGGCUUUAGCUAUUAAUUGUGAUUUUAAGGAUACAAAUGACAUCAUUUAUAAUAAUAUAUUUAUCAAAUGCAAAUUAAUAGAUCGAAUAUUAGAAGCAUGGGACGAUAAUGAUAGUAAACAAAAUGCAGAAAAUGGAAUUAGACAAGGUUACAUGGGCCAUUUAAUAAACAUUGCAAAUAAUAUUGUUAAUCAGCGUGAAAAAAGUGAAGGUUUAGAUAAAUUUUUAAAAGAUAAUGUAUCAUCAGAAUGUCUUACUAAAUGGGAAAAUCUUGUAAAUACGAAAUUAGCGAAAAUUAAUAAGACCCAUCAAAUUAUAUUGGGUGGAAUGGCUCAAACAUUUAUGACAAACUCCAGUGAAAAUCCAGAUGAAUACAGUUCUGAUUCACAAGAAGAAUUUCUUCAAACUCAACGAAGUGAACAAUUUUAUUCGAAUUAUGUGGGGCAACAUAUGACAUCGCAGUUUAUUGAAAAUUUUGGAUUUCACGACGAUCAGUUUAAUGACGGUGAUGAUGCCCUUCAUAACUCGGUUGUCCAAUUAACAACAUUGGCCUUUACUCUCAGUGAGGAAGAUCUCGACGGAAAGGAAGACCUGUUCAAUAAGAUAUGUCAGCAAAAACAAAAGGCGGGCUUGGAGGACUGUAGUGCAGGAGUAGAAUGGGGUGAUGAAGGUGAACUUACUUUUCAAACUGUGGUGGAUAAACGAGACUGGCCAUCAAAGCAACAACACAAUGAUUCUAAUUCGUCCGAUGAAGACGAGGAAGACCCAUAUAUGCAUAUGGAAAUUGAUUUUACUAAAUUUUGGGCUCCAACUGAACCAGCAUGUACCGGUACUUCGAUUCCUGAAGCGAAUCCGUGGGCUGUUGUACCACCAGAACCGGUUGAAUCCACUGGAUGGGCAAAUUUUGAUAAUUUUGAAAACACUGUCAGCAUGGAAAACACUGUGAUAGUAGAUAAUACAUUGUGCGAUGAAAGUAAAAACAAAGCGCUGGAUGCUAUAACAGAUCAAAAUAAAAUGGAAACAACAUCCGGAAAUGAAGUAGCUGUAGAAGCUGUUAGUACAAAUGAUAUGAAAAUUGAAGAUUCUAACGAUAGUACUAUAUCGCACACAGAAACAAAUGUAAAUCAUCAAAGUACCGAAGACAAUUUGUAUUCUGGGUGUACCGCUGAUAAAAAUGCAAAUCCAAGUGAAAUUAUAGAUAGCACAGAAACCAAAUGCGAAGAAAAUGUAAAAACUACUGAACCUGAAUCGACUACGAUACAAAAUGAACAAACCUUGAACGAUCAUAAGGUUACCUGUAGUGAAAAGAAUGUAUCAUCGGAAGCUGUAUUACCACCAACAGAUGCCAAAUGAGAAGUUAUUUCUUGAAUCACAUCAAUUGUGCUUCAUUGCGUUGGCGUCUAGGUAACAAUUUACAGCAGGGUACAAAUGCGGAAUGAAAAGUAAAAAAGACUAACCAACGCUCAACUACGAUUAGUGUAUUAUUUGAAGUAUAUGCGUUCCCAGAUUGCCAACAUUUUGAUUCUAGGUACAUAUACGUGAAAUACGAUUUUCCGACCUUCUCGAUGAAUACUGUUAUCGAAGAGAUUCUUUAGAUUGUUAUUUAUACGUAAUGAACAUGAAACUUAAUUGCAAAUGUAAAUGAAGCAAUCGGAGAUUCUUUAUAUUGUGGAUUUGAUAUAUUGCAUGACGAGCUAGACAGAGUACAGUUUGUACAAAAACGGAAUAUCCAUAAACUCCAAGAUAGAAGAAAUUUUUGCUCGAUUGCUCGAUACUUGGUCUCUCAGAAGUAUUAUAUACCGAUGUGUGUGUAUAUGUACAUUUUAAUACAUAUAUACAUGUAUUGUAAUGUCUUAAAUAAUAUUAAUACAAGGCUCCGCAAAGAAACAUCAUAAAUAAUAUUUCAUAAAGAACUGGUGCUUUUGCUUCUUCGUUCGAUAAGGCAAAGGUACUUACGUGCAGUGCCUAUUAUUUCAUUAAAUGUAUGCUCGUACAACGAUGCAAUACAAGACAAGAUAAGAAAUUAUGUAUUUUUAUUACGUUGAUGGAAAUAUUCAGCCAAUGUAUACACAUAUAAUGUAACUCAAGUAUUUCAAUAAUGAAUUUAUCAUUAUUUGCAUUCCACUAAAAAUUCUGUACGAAACGUUAAUAAUAAUUUCUCAAGAUGAUCUUCCAAAAUGUAUAGUAUUAAAUUGAAGGAUUUGAUUUAAAAUAGUGUAUGCCUUGGUUAAUAUGUAUGUAUAGGUUUUUAAUAUGGAGUUUUGUGAUCUUUUUUCUCUGAUUAUUCAACAAAUUUUGUUUGUCUUAACAGUUUUUGGUAUGAUAAUAUGUUUAUAAUACCGUACAUGAAAUAUUGUACAUAAAUAAUAAAUAUAAGCAGUGUUCAAAAUUAAAAAAACAUUAUUAUUACUUUUAAUAUCUUUAUUAAGUAUUAUUUAAUAUUGCUGGUGCAAUUAACAUAUUGUGUACUGUCACAUUGCAUCGGAAGAAGACAGAGACAGCGCUUAAUUUUAUUAUUUUAAUUUUUUAUACUUUAUUAUUACCUUACAAUAGUAUAAAUUAGUUUAAUUCGUCGUUAUUAAUAUUGCAAACAUUAUUCCAUAUAUUAUUUUAAAUUAAUACCAUUGAAGUUUGAAUGUAUCGCGAACAACAUAUGAUGUAACAGUAAUCAAAGUGUUUUUAAACUGAUAAAUUAAUACAGGAGAAUAUAAGCAAAUUCCGUCGUGAUAGAGAAUGAUUGUACUUCGGAAAAACAUUAUUUUAUUAAGUUACUUAAAUUAUCCAUUUUCAUGUAAUAGUAACAUAUAUUACAUGUAAGUAUAAUAUAUGGAAAUAAAUAUAAAACUCUUAUAAU